GGCUCGUCCAGAGACACUUCAAAACCGCUGGCUGUGUAAUGUCUUUACUUUUGCCCGCUACGCUCUCGCUGUCGCACUGAGGGAGCGUUAAGAAGGCAGGACGCGCAGCGCGAUUGGGAUAGAAACCCCGCUCCCCAACGUUCUAAAUUACUUUAAUCUCUCCGCGUUUAGGAAAUUACAGCCCUACAAUCUCCAAUGAAGAUUCUGCUUAUUCUGUCAAGUUAUUAUCCGUGAGAAUUCGCUUUUUUCGCCAUGAGCUGCUUGGAUGUGAUGUAUCAAGUGUAUGGUCCACCACCUCAGCCUUAUUUUUCCGCUGCGUAUAAUCCAUAUCGUCACCAGGUAUGUUAUUGCUUGUGUUAUUUCGCUUAUUGGCAGAUAUAGUGCACGGAAACUUUUGUCAGACUGGUGUGGAAAAAACUUUUAUCGCGCAUUAUGGCGUCAUUUGGUCUCUCUAGGCUACUGUAUUUUGGCAAUGGCCACUUUAAAAAUUAUUCUACAUUACAGCCGUGAGUCAAUUGGGAACCAAUAGUCCCUUUCAACAGUUAUCUAUUUAAGAAGAAUAAUUUAUUAGCCUAUUGGCAAUGCUAGGCCUACUUUUGAUUGUUAUUAAUGAUUCAUUAAUGAAUAAUGAUAGCCAUACCUCCUUGAAUUGUUAUUGACUAUAUCUAAUUUGCGUGAUAAUAUUGUUAGUUGAUAUAAGUGUUUAUAAGUGUUUUAAACCAACAUAUUUUUCAAGUUGUUUAUAGAUAUGCUCUCCGUUUUGCUAAAUCGAAUCACUCAGGCUUAGACUAUUGCAUAGGCUACUGAAUUUGUUGUUUCUAGAUUAUAUUGCUAUUUAGGAUAUUUUGCUAUGUGUAAAUUAGGACUAUUCUUAAUAUGUAGACUACAUUGAAAUAGCCAAGGCCUUUAUUAACCAAUCAAAACAAAAUAAUGAUGGGUCAUUAAUAGAUUGUAGGCUUCGUUUACAACUUUUAUUAAGCGUUCGUCAAGUCGAAGUUUUUCUUUUUUCUUUUUUCUUUAGUAAUCUAUAGGCUGCAAUAUAGGAUCCUUUACAUUCACAACAAUUACUUAGCUACCGUGUAACAUUUUUCAUGAGCAAGGGCAGUUGAAAAUUGAAUAAGCAGUGCUCUAGUAACGAUUUCGUUGAAGCAUAUCCGGUGAUACAUUACUGUAAAUUAAGUUAAUGGGUUUUGCAUGCACGAGUACCAGUUAGGCAUAUAUGGGCUAUUCGUUUUCCAGAGGUGCAUUGGUGCUACGGCCCUCUUAAAUGUUUGCCACUUUCUUAAAACCUCUCACAUUCAAUAUACAAAUGCAGAUCUUCGUUUGCACAGAGAGCUGGUUUUCAUAUUUAAAAUAGGUCGAAAGUCUUCUUUAAAUGGAGUGAGUAUGCAGAGAGAGAAGGGAAUAGUGGGAUUCAUUCAAGACUCUCCAAUGUUCAUAAUUAACCAAUUAACUGAUUGGCGAUAUGUUCACGGAUUUAAAUGCAAUAGCUGUGUUCUUGAAUCCAACCACUGUCACGUCUAAAAAAUAGUUUGAGUAGGCCUAUGAAUGAGGAGAGGACCAUGCUUUUAUUUUUAAUAUACCAUUUAAAAUAGGUUUAUUAAACGCACAGAGGCCACAAUAUAAUGCGCAACUGUUGGACAAUAAGGAAAAGCGCAAAAAUGUCACCCAAAUGUGCAGGUGAAAUUCAAGUAGAUAAUAGUUAACUUGAUGCCUUGAUAGGAAUUAAUAUCUAAUACAUGUCAAGGCUAUUACAUUCUGACGUUUUUUUUAUCGGAUGUUUCAGAAAUUGGCAUUUUAUUCCAAAAUGCAAGAAGCGCAAGAGAGCAUCAGUGGGGGCAACUCGUUAUCGAACCUCCCGGGUCCGACGAUAAAGGAGGAGGACUGCGCGCGAGAGAAAGAUCACCCUCCAGAGGCCGAGUACCUGAACUCGCGAUGCGUGCUCUUCACCUACUUCCAGGGGGACAUCAGCUCAGUGGUGGACGAGCACUUCAGCCGGGCCCUCAACCAGCCCACCAGCUACGUCCCCGGGUCGGUCAGCAACAAGUCCGCACGAGGUAGACCUACAUCCACCUCUUGGAAAGGUGCCGAUCACAGAACCACUCCAAACACCUGUCCGCGCGCGGUUUCAUUUCACCUCAAUGACUGUGUAUUUAGGCUACAUAGAAGAUACAGGAAACGUUUUCAUAAAUAUUUGCAUUCAUUUGGCGAGUAGGCCUAGGUCUUGCAUGCAAGUGAGUUCUUAGUUUUUGGUAUAUUAUUGAGUUCACAUCCUACUAAAAUAAACAGCCUUUUACAAGUUUGGAUUUGAGAACAAAUCAAUUAAUCCCAUGUUUUGCUCCCAUAGUUUCAGUUUCAGUUGGCAGUCAUUCACCACUCUCAUUUAUGUUUGAUCAAAAUUACAACGGAAUCAGAAAGUCAAACAAAAUUGAUGGGCACGACGAAUUGCUAUAAAUAAGGCAGUUGAAAAUAUGAUAACAUGGGUUCUGUAGAAUUUAGGGCGCAGACUUAUUCACUAUAUUGUAGGGGAACUUGUAGUGAGGGUUUGGUAUCAUUUCUCUGUUGCAUAUUACUCCCUUAAUGAACUAAAAUGUAAUUAUAUGACCAAUAUUACACAGCCAACCAUUCUCCAAUUUUGAUCAACCAUCAGGAAUAAUGGACAACAACAAUGAUAUUCAUCCAUGCAUCUUUUAAUGUUCUCCUUUAUUUCAUCCUUUCAAUUGAAUUGAUCAUUGAAUGAUCAGUCUUUAAACUCUGCUAUUUUACCACAUCCUCAGAACAGGCUUAUCGAUCCUCACCCAAAGAUACAUUCAUAGUCUUUACCACAUAAUUGAUCUGUGAUUGAGCAUUUCAAUGUGUCUGUGGUUUCCCAGAUGGAUCAUUCCCGAUGAGCCAGAGGAGUUUCCCCCCGUCCUUCUGGAGCAGUACGUACCAGCCCUCCUCCAUGAGCAGUGCCUUAGGAGCCUCCCACUCAGAGAUACCCUUCCCUGGGGACCCUUACUCCUCCGCCUCCCUACACAGCCACCUCCAACAUGCCACCCCGGAGCCCUGGCACCACUCACACCACCACCACCACCACCCCUACUCACUUGGUGGGGCCAUCGGCACCCAGGGCUCCGCCUACCCUCGACCCAGCAUGCACGAGGUGUACGGCACACACUUUGACCCCCGCUACAGUUCUCUGCUGGUGCCCUCCGUCCGGCCACACCGGCUCCCUCCAUCCACUGUCCCCGGGCCGAGCGCCUCACCGUGUGACAUUGGGAAGAGUGAGUCAGCCAGCUCGGCCUGGACCGGGACCUUCACAGGGGCAGGGGCAGACAUCAGCCAGAGCAUCGGCCUCAAUGUAGACGCAGGUAACAACAGCAGCAAUAACAACAACAACACACUCUUCGUAAAGGAGUAGUUGUUCCAAGGGCACUUCAGAAUAGCCUUAGUUAUUUGAUUGUCCCCAAACAUGCGCAACUACUAUUGUGUGCUCUACAAUUCAUUUAAGGUAGAAGUUAAGAAACGUUGCAAUGCCUUACACCGGGGUUAUGCUUACAUUCAUAACACAAUGCAAUAUAUUAUUCUGGUUAAUUUCUUCAAUGAUAUUAUAUUGUACAACAUCCAUAUCUUCCAGCCAUCUGCAAGUACAACUUAAGUGUUCAAUUUUCCCCCUCCACUAAUGCAUUGUCAGUGUACUGAGGUUCACAUUCAUCUUAUUUCCUUUCUCCCCUCUUAACCUUUUACCUCAGUGGGCUAAAUCAGGGUCACACAGAACGUUUCAUGGUAGUCUUAAACAAAUCUAUUUUGAAACAAAGUAUACACCUAACACACAUGGUUAUGGGCUUAAAAAAAGAAGACAUCUGUACCAUGUCAGAUAUAGAGUUGAAAUGUUUUCUAUUUUGAGUUUGCAUCCCAAUACUUCACUUUAUAUACAUCACAGAAGACUGAUGAAAUAUAACAAAACUGUUUGACAUAGAAACACCAGAUUUUUGUCGUAAAAAAAGUAUUUAUUAAUGAGAAAAUUAUGAAAAAUAUCUAUAACUUUCCACCCAUGAGGCUAAAGAGGGUGCUUUUGGUAAUUGACUGAAGGAAGGGCUACAUCAUUCUCUUGUAGAUACUGUCAAUGCUAAUGCUUCAACUUGUCAAUGUGAAGACAUACUGUAUGUCUAAAGGGCAUUCAAUACCGUACCCCAGCAAAAGUGUGUGAAGUAUUUGUACAGAGUAGUAUUUGACCUUGUCAGGAAGAAUAUACAGUGUCUUCAGAAAGUACUUUACAGGGAGGUAGCUGCUAUGUACAUUGGUCCUCUGUAGCUCAGCUGGUAGAGCACGGCGCUUGUAACGCCAAGGUAGUGGGUUCGAUCCCCGGGACCACCCAUACACACACAAAAAAAAUGUAUGCACGCAUGACUGUAAGUCGCUUUGGAUAAAAGCGUCUGCUAAAUGGCAUAUUAUUUAUAUUAUUAUUCUUGAGAAGAGACCAGGGAUAUUUAUUUCACUAUAUUCAACACCACCUCUGUUUUCUUUACUUUUCUCCAUGAGGUCAUACAAUAGGCUACAUACAAACAGGCCACAAAUAACACAUAACAUAAAUAUCAGAUGGAGAAAAUAAAUAUGGGGGAGAAAAAAAAUCUACUAAGAAAGUCAAACAAAAGAAAGUGUGAUGCUGCCAAUUCAUUUAAGGUAGAAGUUAAGAAACAUUGCAACGCCUUACACCGGGGUUAUGCUUACAUUCAUAACACAAUGCAGGUUUUCUUUCUCCCUGGGAAAACAGUUGUCUUGUCAAGGCCACUCUCCAACGCUAAGAAAGACAAUGUCUCUGUGGUUUAACAGGUUGAGUUCUCUGUCUCUGCUUUUUCCUGGGAGGCAAAAUGCUUUCUUUCAUACUUUUCUGCUUCAGGGCUUCCUGCUUCUACCUAUAAGCCAUUUGGUCUCCCUCUUCCUAAUCAUCUUCUCUUGCCCUCCCUUCUGUUUUCUCUCUUUCUUUCUCUUUCCUGUCCUCUCAGGUCUGCAGGCCCAGGAUAAGAGCAAGGACUUGUACUGGUUUUAAAGCUCUGCUGCCCUCCAGGCCUGAGCUGGCCUCUGUGUUUCUCUGCACUGUGUGAUAUUGACAGACAUUUUCUGUAACAGAUUCUAAUCUCACUUGCAGCUCGACGCUACACCCUCUGUGGCGGAAACAUCCUCAGCUGAAAUUAUGCCAUUGUGGAGACCAUCUGCUGGAAAUGCAGUGGACAAGGGAGAGAAUCUAAAACUGAGUCUCUCCUACUUAAGAGAAAGGAGGGCAGGACUUGCUGGACAGCUUGCGAGAAAUACUAAGUGGUGUGACUGACAACUGUUAUCUGGCCAAGACUGAACGCUUUCAACUCCUCCAAAGAGGACACUUGUUGAAAAAUAAAAAAUAAAUAAAACCCUUUUAUGGUGAAUGUGUGAAACUGGAACAUCAAAAAUGAGAUUUGACAAGAGCACACUCAGAGACUGGACAAACACUAUUUGCCAUUGUUGUUUCUUUAUCCGUGAAAGGAGAGGAGCAAGAGAGAGGAGCAUUCUCUAACAUGACUGAAGUGAGCACCGGCUAUUUGAAGCCACUUGACUCAAUCUAUAAUGCUCCCCAGCAGCUGUCAACGACAACUGUUUCAGAACUCAACGGACACACGCAAUCGUACUGUCACUGCACAGUGUUUGACCAGGGGCUCCGGACUUCAUAAAAGGAGCAUUUUGUCAAAUCUGGACCCCGACCCACAGGGAACAACUGGUUUGACUGUUGAUUUUGAGGGGGAAGGGUGGACAGGGGGUAGCAGAAGUGGACACACAACUGUGCUAUGUAUGUAUGUCUGUGUGCGAUCUAUGGGCAGCUCUAUACAUGUGUAGGAUCUUAAUUUGAUAAUAAUUCACGUUUCCUGUUGCUGCAGGAUUAUU